GGUUUGCGGAAGUGACGGUACUGUUAUGGUGACGCUGCGGCCCGGGUAGCUGGAGCGAGUUCUGGUUUCCUUCCCUUUCCUUUCUCCGGUGAGCGCUUGUCCGGGAGGCGCAGAUCGUGAGGUGCGGCCGGGCGCUGGACAGCCGGCGGGAAGAUGUCGGCCUCAGCCGUUUAUGUGCUGGACCUGAAGGGGAAGGUCUUAAUUUGUCGGAAUUAUCGAGGAGAUGUGGAGAUGUCAGAAAUAGAGCACUUUAUGCCCAUUCUGAUGGAUAAAGAAGAGGAGUGUUCUCUGACGCCCAUCUUGUCGCAUGGAGCAGUUCGAUUCAUGUGGAUUAAGCAUAACAACCUAUAUCUUGUCGCAACCUCCAAGAAGAAUGCAUGUGUGUCGCUGGUGUUUGCCUUCCUGUAUAAGGUGGUUCAGGUAUUUUCUGAGUAUUUUAAAGAACUAGAAGAAGAAAGUAUUCGUGAUAAUUUUGUUAUAAUUUAUGAGCUACUCGAUGAGUUAAUGGACUUCGGUUACCCGCAGACGACAGACAGCAAGAUCUUACAAGAGUACAUCACUCAAGAAGGUCAUAAGCUGGACACUGGGGCGCCCCGCCCACCAGCCACUGUUACCAAUGCAGUGUCUUGGAGAUCAGAGGGAAUUAAGUAUCGUAAAAAUGAAGUGUUUCUUGAUGUUAUUGAAUCUGUCAACCUACUGGUCAGUGCUAAUGGAAAUGUAUUACGUAGUGAAAUAGUGGGCUCCAUCAAAAUGCGAGUGUUCCUAUCAGGAAUGCCAGAGCUGAGACUCGGAUUAAAUGACAAAGUAUUGUUUGAGAAUACAGGCCGAGGGAAAAGCAAAUCUGUGGAGUUGGAAGAUGUGAAAUUUCACCAAUGUGUGCGGCUGUCACGAUUCGAAAACGACAGAACCAUAUCCUUCAUUCCACCCGAUGGAGAGUUUGAACUGAUGUCUUACCGUUUAAAUACACAUGUCAAACCUCUAAUCUGGAUUGAGUCUGUGAUCGAGAAGCAUUCCCACAGUCGGAUUGAGUAUAUGAUUAAGGCCAAGAGUCAGUUCAAACGUAGAUCGACAGCCAACAAUGUUGAGAUUCACAUUCCUGUCCCAAAUGAUGCAGAUUCACCCAAGUUUAAGACCACGGUGGGAAAUGUGAAGUGGGUGCCAGAGAGCAGUGAAAUAGUGUGGUCGAUCAAAUCGUUUCCAGGUGGAAAGGAGUAUCUGAUGAGAGCACACUUUGGGCUUCCCAGUGUGGAGGCUGAAGACAAGGAGGGGAAGCCACCCAUCAGUGUGAAGUUUGAAAUUCCCUAUUUUACCACUUCAGGAAUACAGGUUCGUUACUUGAAGAUCAUUGAAAAAAGCGGCUACCAGGCUUUGCCGUGGGUUCGUUAUAUUACUCAGAAUGGAGACUACCAGCUACGGACACAGUGAAGCAAGGUUGCAACUGAAGAUUGAUUGGGAGGAGAGAUCCAAUUCAGUGGAUUGUGUAAAAGUGUUAAAUGUAUUCAUCAUGUUUCAGGUCACUGUCAGAGCACUGACAUUCAUGAAGAAGGUAAAGCAUGUUAAAUGCACUCAUUCACGGACUGAAAUGAAAACAGAUAUUGUUUGUCCCCUUGUCUCCAUUACCCCUCCACCCUGAUGCCGUCGCCAAAUCUCCCUGUUGCUUUAGUCCCCAUGAAUAAGUAAACUGAGUUUCUUUGACUUCAUUCUCCCUGAGCACCUGAGCAAGUUAACCCGUCAGUCUGAACUUCAGCUUGAACAUUGAGUGCUCAUUUUGAAUGUUCUUGAUGGGUUUAUACUUUGUCCCCGUUGCUCAGCUGUUGUGUUUGAUGCAAGUGGAAUUUUCAUUACCUGAAAAUUGUCCUUAGUUGGUUCUGUCUCGAUUCCCCAAGUGCUGAAACGGAACACCCAUGGUCAUGAUGAACUUCAAGGAGAGUUGCCAGUCAUUCUAAUUGCAUUUCAUUAAGGAGGCGCUAAGGAAUAAUGUCCACAAAACCAAGAAGAGUACCUUGUUGUCCUCGCAAGUACAAAAAUGUGCCCAAGUUUCCUCCAAAUAUUUGUUUUGUUGUAGAAAUAUAACAAUAUUCAUAGUCAUGUAGGAUCCAUCCUCAGUGAUUUAGGAGCUGGCGUUACCAUCCCAUUGCUUUCCAUUUGUUGGUGACCAUUCACAUUGGCCGAUAAACAUUGGACUUUGAAUUCUGCAAUCUGUUCCCCACUGCCAACUGCUGCAAUGAAUGAAUAGCAGCCACCCAGGCGGGUCCAUGUUGGACCUAACAAUUAUACCAGUAUGGACGCCCAAUUUUUGUUUUGAACUGCCAGUAGAUUCAUUCCUGUGUUGCCACAGAUGACCAAUUUGUUAAUCUUUGCAAUUGCUUUCCUCUCUCAGUUUGUCUUUGUAUCUCCCCCUCCCCCAAACCAAAGGCUGACUUGGCUCAUAAACCUGAGGGAUUAUUCCAAUAGCUGGUCACUUGAAAGAAAAUGCAUCUUAUGUACACUACUGUGCUUUUAGACCUGCAUGUGUGUAAUACUGUAUAAAGUGAUAAAGAUAGUGUUAGAAAGAGUGCAAUUGAUCUGCACAGCUGAUCGUUGAACCUUAGGGGUUAAUGACUGUAACACAAUGCUAUUCAUACUUGUACACCCAGAGAGCUGACCAAGUGUGCUGUGGUUCAAGGCACUGUGCACAAUGGAUUAGAGGUAUAUGACCAAAGGUUUCAACCUGGGCUUGUCCUAGUUUGAAAGCUAGCUCAUUUCUGCUUUGGCAGCAGAGGGAAUGUGUAACUGGUCCUGUCUCCAGGGGAGGUGGACACCAUUAGUUUGGACCUCAUUCCUUAUGGCCUUUAAAGCAACUGCGUUUAUGAUUUUUCUGCUCGCAGAAGAGCCAGAAUGAGGCCACACUUUGGUCUGAGUAUUGGGAGCUGCCACUAAGAUGGCACCUUGGGCCAACACUGAUUAGCUUCUUGCCGUUGCCUUGUGGAAACCAAUAUGGGGAUGUUGAGAUAUUCAUCAACCUCUGCUUGUGUGUCCACUACCGGCAUAGUUUUUGAUGACUCAGCCACCUAGGAUAUUCUGGAAGGUCCUUGAACAAAUUAACAAGUAGAAGCAGCAUAUUCUGGAGAAGUUGAAAGGAAAGGAGGGAGGGGGGGGGGGGGUCAUUUAUUGAUCGGUCUGGAGAUAACAUGUAUUUCUCGCUAGUGUAUUUGUAAAUCUCCCUUGCAUGUUUGUGGCAUCCUCAAUUUCAGCAAAUUGUCUUUAUGAAGGCAGUAUGAUGCAUAGAAAUGUUUGAUGCUUCCUCUGUUGUUGACCUUGUGAAUGGAUACAUGCAUCUGUGGCCAAGUUCAGCACAUAGUGCUAUAUUCCUGAAGUAACCUGAUGGAUGAUCAAGUAAAAGUGUCUUUAAAGGACACACAGUGCUAUAUAUACCGCCUCUGCAUCCAAAUUUGGAGCAUUUUAGACUGAUUAUUAUCUUUUAAUCGCUCUAUUUCAAAGACAUUUUCUUUGAAUUUUUUAUUGCCCUACAAUUUGUUUUUCAAGUUGUUUUUCUACACAUUUUUCUAGGAGUAACAGUAUUACCCCAAGAAUUAGGAACCAUGAAUUCUGCUACCGUUAAACAUGUCGCUGAAUGAGACAAUAAACUAAACUAAAAGUCUUUGCAGAACAGGGCAGUCGGAUUCCAGCCUGUUUUCCUCACUGCAGGUGGUAGAUAUUCAGUAAAAGAUGCCUUUGCAAGAACCUCUGUUUUCCUUUGCCUUGGGCUUACAGAGCUAGCCACAGGUGCACACAGUGCCCAUUCUGUAUUGCUGGCUGGUAAUUGAAUUGUCGAUCCAACAACUGUAUCCACAUGCGCCAAGGUAUAUGAAUGUCAGUAUGUAAUUCUGUAUUUUUUUUAAGAAGGAAAUCAGGCAGCAUCACUGGUCCUGCAGAGACUUUGGAAUGAUCGUGGAUACAUUUUAGCAAUGCUUGUAGUGAGGUUGCUUCGUGGUACUAGUUGGAAAAUUUGAUAGCACUGAAUGUCAAGCCUCGUAAUCCCUGCACCCUUGUUUAGUUCCAUUUUGGCGUGGUGGGAGUACAGUGACAUAAGGGACGUCUGGUGAUGCCUUCACCUCUUAUGAAUUAUGCUCAUUCUAAAGAAUCCCUGGACUGUUGAAUAUCCUCAAAUAGGUUUGUGCCUGUGGUGGAUAGUUUUCACAGUUGCAGUAAGUACAUGUGAAUGAUGGCAGAAGGAACUAUGUAAAGGUAAUUGUCCAUCUGCACAAACUUUAAGUCCAGAAUCAGCAUGUAAAUGAGGAAUGGCUGUUGUCUGGAUCUGCCUGCUCCGGGAGAGUUAUUAAUGGAAUGAGCGAUUCAUUUAGAUUGAGCCAUCUCACUCCUGGGAGCCCUAAUUGAACUAAGCAAGAAAACCAAAAAGUCCUCUGAUGCACCAAAGCCAAAUGACCGCUUGAUUUUAGCCGCCCUUUGCCUGAUACAUGGAGCAUGUCUGUACAUGUGCUUAGCUUUUAUACUGGUCAGGGAGCACUCCUCCAUGGAUCUGGGUGCUGAACUUCUUUGCACUAUGUUCCCAAUUUCAAGAGGCAUUUGCAGUCAAGAGAUUUCUAAAAUAGUGUCAACGUCAUCAUUGUCUCCCUAAUUUAACCCUUGCCGCUGGCAAUGCAAGGCAAAGAGGCACUGCCAGUUUGAGAGAUUGCCCUUUGCCCUUUCAAUUUUACCUCUUCCCCCUGUCCUCACUUUUUAUUUUCCCGUGCCAAGUAAACUUGAGCAGAAGAUGCAGUUGGCGCUUAGUCCUCAAUGUUGGUUCCCCUUCGAUCUUUGGACAGGUUCUCCAAUUGUAUUCCUGUUGUAAAACUCUUCAAAUGCCUGGAUAAACUGAUGAGAUGUAACUCAUUAGCUUCCUUAAGAAUCUUUCUUUCCCAGCCUGUUACAGAUGUUGUGUUCAUUUGCCUUCCUUCUGUGGUGUCAAUUUAUCAAAUUCUUUACAUCACUAAUAAUAAAAAGAAACCGCAAAAUGCA